UAGCUAUUAGUUCUAUAAAGUGCUAUGGAAACGUCUGCCACUGCAAGCUUUUCUUUCUGCUCUACAUCAAUCAUCAAUGACUGCAGCUCCAAGUGAGUCCAUACCCUCUGUAUAUGGGGCUUGGGUCUAUUCAGAGUAUGGAAAAACUGCAGAUGUUCUGAAAUUUGAUCCAAGUGUGGCUGCUCCUGAAAUUAAAGAGGACCAGGUGCUGAUCAAGGUUGUCGCUGCUUCUCUUAACCCCAUUGAUUUCCUGAGAGCUCUUGGUUUCUUCAAGGACAUAGAGGGUGACACUCCCUUACCUACAGUUCCAGGGUAUGAUGUGGCUGGUGUGGUAGUGAAGGUAGGAAGCCAAGUGCAGAAGUUUAAGGUGGGGGAUGAAGUGUAUGCUUGUUUGAGUAAUAGCAUUGAGAUUCCCCAAUAUCAUGCUAAGAAUAGCUAUGGGGAUCUCAAGAAAGCAUUGGUGAAACCAAACAGGCUGGGGUCUUUGGCAGAGUACACUGCUGCAGGAGAAACCAUGUUGGCUCUCAAACCCAAAAACCUGAGCUUUAUUGAAGCUGCUAGCCUUCCCUUAGCUAUUGAGACAGCGUAUGGAGCGCUUGAAAGAGCGGAGCUUUCGGCUGGUAAAUCCGUCCUUGUUUUGGGAGGCGCUGGGGGUGUUGGGACACAUGUGAUUCAGCUAGCUAAGCAUGUAUUCGGGGCUUCCAAAGUAGCAGCUACUGCAAGCACUAAAAAACUGGAUUUGUUGAGAAGCUUGGGUGCUGAUUUGGCUAUCGAUUACACCAAGGAGAACAUUGAAGACCUGCCAGAGAAAUUUGAUGUAGUCUAUGAUGCAGUUGGGCAGACUGACAAGGCAGUGAAGGCGGUGAAGGAAGGUGGGAAGGUAGUGACAAUAGUAGGUCCAGUAACUCCUCCGGCGUUCAGAUUUGUGGCCACCCCUACAGGGUCUAUCUUGGAGAAACUGAAGCCUUACUUGGAGAGCGAGAAGGUGAAGCCAGUGCUUGAUCCCACAGGUCCAUAUCCCUUUUCUAAAGUUGUUGAAGCACUUGGUUACCUUGAGACUUCAAAAGCUACAGGAAAGGUGGUUGUGUACCCCAUCCCAUGAGAUUGAGACUUGCUGUGCCUAUAAUCUAGGAUUCUAUUAAAGAUUUAGUCCAUUUUUACUGUGUGUUACUUGGAGACUUGUAAUACGGGGAUAUAAGAGAUGCUUGUUAUUGUUAGGGAGAAUUCCACAAAUGGUUACUCAACUACGACUCAUUCGACAUUUUGGUCACUAAAGUUUCAAAUAUAUCACUUUGGUCACUCAACUAUUACACUGUCAAUCACUUAAGUGACCAAUUUUUAAUGAAAAAAAUUAACAAAGUGACUUAAGUGAUUGAAAAUGUAAUAGUUGAGUGACUAAAGUGAUACAUUUGAAACUUCAGUGACCAGAGUGUUGAAUGAGUCAUAAUUGAGUGACCAUUUGUGAAAAUUUCCUGCUAUAUAUGUACAACCAAAGCUUCUUUACUUUCUUUGCUGUUUGCUUUGUUCCUAGCCUACUCAACCUAUAGU